GGGUAGGAAUGAUGGGAGACGCUCUGGUGCUCACCGCGGGGGCAAGCCUGACUGCGAUAGUAGAGCGCCAUCACCCAUAGGGCCUAACAGCAGAGAGGAUGCAGCGCUAAUCACGAGUGGUGGGGUUGGUAAGUUAUCGGUGAGUAUGUGGUAAACUUUCUGUAGCCUUCCCGGAGGGAGUGGGAGAUUUUGCUUUUGGCAUAAGACCCUUCCAAUUACAGAGCUUCGCUGACGGGUAAUAACGCUUUUGCUGAUGGGUUUAGUUAUCAGUUAUUGAGGCCAUGCUCAGUGUUGAACCGGUGCACAUCGGGGGUGGAUCGUACGGAACUUUCGUUUCCGCUGGCCUCCCACGCUGCAAGAAUCCGGCGUAUAUCAAUUUUAGGAUCCGCGACAGCUCGGAUUGGCAAUUUACUACUCUUCCGACUCUCGAUUCAUGCAGUGACGGUGGCCCUAAAGUCACUGGUGUUUGGCUACGUGGGUCACUGGAUACCUCUAAGUUUAAUCAGGGCACUCCUAAAAAUCUUUUGAUCGAGGUUCCUCGGUGCCCACUGUUUUUGAGGUCUUGAACUUUGGAGUGCAAAUGGAAACCAAAGCCAGAUUCGCCUGGCGCUGCAUUGGUGAGUGGAUAUUUGCUGGGUUCGAUAUUAAGCUUUGAGUUUCUAGGAAUUGUUCUUGAAACUGGACUUGAGACAAGCCGAGUUUAUUUGUUUAUGACCAAUGGACCCAAUUGUCAGGACGAUUUGAUUGUUGAAUCACCAGACAACGAUUUAGUCGAGGCGUCUCCGAGUGAGCAUGAGUUUUUGAUGAAUGAUAUGGGAAGAAUGGCCGGACUAUUACAGGCAGAGGAGUUAGUGAAGGACGCAGGCAAUUCUUUAAGGGGUUGCUUCCCUAAAAUCAAGGGAUGGCACUGCAAAUGAUUGAUGUCCCCACAAUUCGUGGUGGGAGUGAAUCGAAAAUUGCGGGUAAGACGAUUUUCAUACAAACGCCGAAGCUGCCUUUGCUUGCGACUUGCUCUCCAGAUAAAUUUUACUGGCAGGGGUUCUUGGCACAGUAUCGCUAAAAAUAUUCCUGCCCCAGGGUUUAUGAGGCUUGGACCCGAGGUGGGAGAAGAAGCCCUGCGGUUCUCAGUCACCCUUUGCGACGGCUCACCCCAUUGCUAGUGAAGGGUUCGAUGGGGAAGGGAAUGGAUAUCACAAUUUUGUGGGCCAGGUUGCCUACAUUAUCGAGGGCCGUGUGGGUGCUGACAAUGGAUUCCCAUCUGUUGGGGUCUCUAUGGGGUUCUUCUUGGGCGUUCCAUUCCCAUUGGACCAAUGGAUGAAAUCAUCCAGAUCCACUCUGGCGGCUUCAGGCUCAAAUUUGUCAUUAUCAGUCAUGUUUUGUGGGGAAAGGAGUAAUAUCCGAAGAUGGGAGUGAAGCAGUAUUACUGAACCACGAUCUCACUGAACUGAGGGCGAUAGCAAUUCGGCAUGCAAGCAUGAAGAACGAGCGACUCAUGAUACAUAUUAAGCGGUCCAGCGGGACCCGUCGGAUCCUUCCGCAUGGGAAGGUUGAAUAUACUGUAGGUUGCCGAAAAUGCCCGGGAAGGUCAUUGGUAGAGCUAUAGUCAAGUGCUCAAAUCGGGAAGGUAUAAAUGUCACUUGUCCCGUGUUGGCUCGGGCGGCCCGUGUUAAUAUCUGUAUAUCUUGGCUCCAAUAGCUCGUGUCAUAUACCGGGCACAGGGAUCGUUUGAGACCCUCAACGUUUCAUCGGGGUUCUCGAGAGGGAGAGCCGUUUUCGCUGGCCUAGAUAACAAGAGCCGAGUGUUUUUCUUUGAAAUCCCGUGUAGCUUCAGAAGUGCACGAGGGUGUUUUACAGAGCUUCAGGAAUCCGAUCAAGGUCAGAAUGUUUCAUUGACUCCUAAUGCUCUAAAUGACGGGGACCAGACACCCCACAGUCCCAAUACCGGCUCCGGUAGCAGCGCCAGCGGUGAUAUUAUUUCUCACGCUAGAAUGAGCGCGACCUUGACAAGCCCAGGAUUACAAAGCCCAAUGUCACCGGGUGAGGAGAGAGUGGUCAUGGUUAUAUUGCUGGGUGCGACGAUGGUCUAGCAAGUGGCUCUUUGCCGUUUUCUUGACCUCAGCACUUGCAGCGAACUUUCUUCAUCAAACCAGUAAGGUAGAUGAGCUUAAGGGAUGGCUUAAUCGAACUGAAACAAUGUUGAAGGAGGUGGAACAUUCACACCGGCACUGCUCGGAAGAUCGGCCUCAGAGGCCCAACAGGAGCUUGGGGGAGCAGGGCGUUAUAUGUCUGUGAUAGGGGGGUUGGGGCCAAAUGACUGGCUUGCCAUCAAUCCAGCUCCGCCGACGGAAUCGGGAUGGGAGGGUAUGUUUGUUAUUGACAUCGAUAGGCGGGAUUGGGGCGAAACUGAGACGGAAGAGGAGCAGGAGCUUUCGCAGAAGGCAAUAUCUUGCGAAGGGACCCUUACGAGGAUACCGAGCGCUCUUUGGUGCAACGUAGGGGAGUUACACAGGUGCUUCGGGGAGUAAUUUUGUCAAGGGCAUUUGGGAGGGUGAUGGCUAGCAUGCUGGAUUACCUUCGGGGCUUGGUCUUGGUCUUGAGGGCCUAUAGACAUGGCGGUGAUAAUGGGGCAGCGGAAUGAAGGACAUGGGCGAUUUGGUAGGCGGCGGAGUUAGCGUUGUUGGGCCCCUUUUCUUCUUGUAUAUCUCACAAGAAAAUAGAGCCAGGUUCUAGAUUCACUGGU